CCUCCCUCUGCCUCUGACCCCCAACCCCAGCUUCCCCCACUCCUCUUCCCACAUGCUCUUACGUACUCUGUCCUCAUGAGCUGGUCCCCAGAAGAGUGCAAGGGGCAGGGAGAACACCCCAGUGACAGACACGCCCUCUGUGCCAGGCUGGUGGAGAAGCCCAACACAGGGUCUGCAGAGAACCCGGAGUCUGCCCCGGGACCCAUCGUCACCCGGACGGCCUCGGGACCUGCCCUGGCCUUCUGGCACGCGGUGCUGGCGGGGGACGUGGGCUCGGUCUCCCGCAUCCUCGCAGAUUCCAGCACUGGCCUGGCCCCGGAUUCCAUCUUUGAUACCAGCGACCCAGAGCGAUGGAGGGAUUUCCGCUACAACAUCCGCGCUCUGAGACUCUGGUCUCUGACAUACGAAGAGGAGCUGACCACGCCGCUGCACGUGGCUGCCAGCCGGGGCCACACGGAAGUCCUGCGGCUGCUGCUGAGGCGGCGGGCACGGCCUGACAGCGCCCCCGGGGGCCGCACCGCCCUGCACGAAGCCUGUGCCGCAAGCCACGCCGCCUGCGUCCGCGUGCUGCUGGGGGCAGGAGCGGACCCCAACACCCCCGACCGGGAUGGAAAGCUCCCCCUGCACCUCUGCCAGGGGGCCAGCACCCUUGAGUGUGCCGAACUGCUCCUGAGGUUUGGGGCCAAAGUGGAUGGUCGGUCUGAGGAGGAGGAGGAGACCCCUUUGCAUGUGGCUGCCCGGCUGGGCCACGUGGAGCUGGCAGACCUGCUUCUGAGAUGGGGGGCGUGCCCUGGUGCCCGUAAUGCUGAAGGCUGGACCCCGCUGCUGGCUGCCUGCGACAUCCGCUGUGCGUCCCCCGACAACUCGGAGGCCACCACCGCCCGCUGCCUCCAGCUGUGCCGUCUGCUGCUUUCAGCUGGAGCUGAGGCUGAUGCCGCGGACCAGGACAAGCAACGGCCUCUGCACCUGGCCUGUCGCCGUGGCCACGCCGCCGUCGUGGAGCUGCUCCUUUGCUGCGGUGCCAGCGCCAACGCCAUGGACUAUGGGGGACACACGGCCCUGCACUGUGCUCUGCAGGGCCCAGCUGCAGCCCUGGCCCAGCGUCCAGAGCACACGGUGCGAGCUCUGCUCAACCACGGUGCCGUCCGCAUCUGGCCGGGGGCCCUCCCCAAGGUACUGGAGCGCUGGUGCGAGUCUCCGAGGACCAUUGAGGUCCUGAUGAACACCUACAGUACCAUACAGCUUCCUGAGGAGGCCAUGGGCCUGGUGCCUCUUGAAACACUGCAGAAGCACCACCGUUUCUAUUCCUCCCUUUUCGCCUUGGUGAGACAGCCCAGAUCCCUGCAGCAUCUCAGCCGCUGUGUGCUCCGUGCUCACCUGGCAGCCCACCUGCCCCAAGCCCUGCCCCGCCUUCCCCUGCCAUCCCGCCUGCUCCGCUACCUGCAGCUGGAUUUUGAGGACGUGCUCUACUAG